AUGAGGAAGGACACCACUUUGAUUGGGACAACACAUCCAUCCUAGGACAAGCCAAACAGAGACACGCACGAGAAUUCCUAGAAGCAUGGCAUUCCAACCGGAACUCCAUCAACAAACACAUAGGCUCCAAAUCAAUCUGAAAACGAACUUCCAGCUCAGUGAGCAAACUCACAUCCAAAACAAUGUUUCCACAUCUACUCUGUCACAUCCUCAAAGAAUCUUGUAUGUUUCAAUUAAGUUGCCCCUCACUUCUAACCUCCUAUGAGUACAAGCCCAACCUAUUCAAUCUCCUCAUAAGAAAACGCUUCUAUAUCCAGGACCAACCUUGGUGAACUUUCUCUGGACUGUCUCCAAUGCCAGUAUAUCUUUCUAUGGAUAGGGGACAGAAAUUGUUCCCAGUAUUCUAGGUGUGGUUUGAUUUUUGUGCCAUGUGUUGUUUUAGUGAGACUUCUGUUUGUAUUCUCUUUCAUUUGAAGUAAUGGUCAGUAUUCCAAUUGCUUUCCCUGUUACCUGCUGAUCUAAGAUGUUGGCUGAAAUAACUCCACAUAGGCCGGUAUCCCAUCAUCAAGUCACCCUUUAUUUAUGCUUGAACAGAACUUGACAGUAGUGAUCCAGUUCCCUCAGAGCCAUCUCUGAGUGAGCAGAACAUCUGAUACUCCUGUUUAUAUGUGUCAGCAGGGCUCCCUGAUUGGACCAGGUUAACAGCCCUAGUCGGGCAACUCGUUGAGAGAUCCACCUUGCUGACCUCAUCACAAUCACUGCAUUGGCUUUUUGUGACUUUAUGCAUAGGAACGUUCAAAUCACUCUGUGCUGCAAUUUUCUGCAAUCUUUACUCGUUUAAAUAAUCACCUCCUCUAUUCUCCCUGCUAUAUUUCCCCACAUUAUAUUCCAUCUGCCAAGUUUUUACUCACUCACUUAACCUGUCUGUAUCCCUCUGCUGACUCUUUUGUGUCAUCCUGACCACAUGCCUUUCGAUUUAUUUUUGUAAUCCACAAACCUAGCUACAGUACAUUCACUUCAUUCAUCCAAGACAUUAAUAUAUAUUCUUGAGUAAUUGUGAGCCCAGCACUGAUCUGUAUGACACUUCGUUAGGCAUUCAUAUACAAUACUUGCAAUUGCAUCCAGUCAUAUACCCGUGCAUACAUCCAUAAUGAUGCACACAUUCAUUUAACACAUAAGCUGUAUUUAAAAAUUACUUGCAUUUUAACAAACUAUUUUAACAUAAAAUCAUUUAAUCUCUGAACUGGAUGUUAGAUAUAUUUUUAUUGUUUGUAUGUGUGUUGGUGGUUAGUUUCAAGUAUUAUAUUCUGAGAUAAUUUGAUUAUCUCCGUUGAUCAUUUGUGGGAAAAUGUUGAUCAUUUAUACAGUUACAGAGGAAUAAAGAUAACAAUUACAUACUGCAACUAAAAACAAUUUUAUUUAAACAAUUAAAUAAAAGAAUAAUGUAAUAAUUGUUUUGGGUCUGACCAGAUAGUGUGCCAUAUGAAGUUGUGUGCAUCUGCAAUUAUAUUUUUCCUGCAAAUUAUCAAAGUUUAUUUAAGAAAAGAUAUUUUGCCAAAGGGAAGAGUGUUAAAUUGAUGCCAUUUAACAAUCCGUAUUUGUCAGUGUGACUCAAAGAAUGGAUUCUGAUGUUGAUGAUAUUGUUGUACUGGUUGUAAAGGCAUACUCUAGAUUAAAUAUUUGCACCCACAUUACAGGCAAUUUUUAUAUAACUAGACUUUAUAUAGCGCGAUUGUACAAUAUAGACCACUGCCAUAUUUCAUUGCUUUAUGUGUAAUAUCAGGUUUCUUGAGCUAGGCAAAAGUCUUUUGCACCUUUCUGUUAAUGUCUCAGGUCCACACUAAUCAAUCAAGUUUAAGGAAUGACAUUUAGUCAGCACAGAAUUCCAUUAUCAGUACAUUUAUCAAACAUAGAAGUAGUUGUAUGGUGAAAGUGAUGAAGCUGUUCUUGGCGCAGAGAAAGUAAAGGAGGUGGUUUAAAAUGGUAUUCAAAACCAGUGGCAGAAAAGGGAUUUAAGAGAAUUGGCAAAGGAACUAGAGAUAACACGCAACUGUUUCCAAGUCUGGCUUAUGUUACCUUAAGCAGAUAGUAGAAGCUGAUUCAAUAAUAAUUUUCUGAAGGGAAUUCGAUUAAUAGUUGAAGGAAAGAAACAUUUGGGGAGCGAUGGAAUCAAAGCAGGAAAUAACCUGUUUCUGUGCUGUAUCAUUCUGUGAUUCAGUAAGAUAGGUGGGUCCUGCUUCGAAGCAGAAACAAAGCAUACAGCGAGAGUGCGCUUUGCUGAGCACCGCUUUCACUGGUGCCAUGAUUCUGUUUUGCAGGAAAGAAAGAAUGAAAGGUUUGUAUUUUGGCAGCUUUCACAACCUUGGAAUGUUCCAAUGUGCUUUUAUUUGAAGUGUAGUCACUGUAAAAAAUAUAGUAAAUUUACAUACAACAAAAUCUCUCAAACAAUGUGUCCUGCAUAUCUCACCCAAGUUUCUGCUGUGAGCUCCGAAUCAGAGAUAUUUGUGGAGGCUCCUGACAUCAGAACUCGGACAUUGUCUGCAUGCUGUUUAACUAAUGUUGGAAGAAGGAAGAGUAAUGGCCUGGUGGAUACCUCAUUAAUGACUUCAGUGUCUCCAUUUGGAAUAGAUGGAAGUAUUGUGAAUUGGACAAAAUGCUUUUGACGCUCAGUUACCAUGAAGGCUGAUAACUUACAGGCAACAGAGUGUCAGUUGAACAAUGUAUGUUACAAUUCGCCAAAUGCCAGCUGGUCUGUCAACCUGCUGUCAGAGAAUGUACAGAAGCCACAAUAUGUGGUAGAGGGUUCAGGCAGCGAUGGACAUCUGCCGUCAUCAGUGACCGUGACCAGCAGUAUUUCUAGUGAUAUUCCAAUCUGCAGAAUUUGCCACGAACCCAGUGAUAAAGAGAGCCUUCUCUCGCCGUGCGAGUGUGCUGGGACUCUGGGGACAGUUCAUCGCAGUUGUCUCGAGCAAUGGCUUGCAGCUUCCUGUUCCAAUCACUGUGAAGUAUGUCACUUUGAAUUUGCUUUGGAGAGAAUGCCGAGACCACUGACGGAGUGGCUGAAGGAUCCUGCCCUGCAACAAAAGCGGAGGAUGCUGUGUGGAGACAUUAUCUGUUUUCUUUUCAUUACUCCUUUGGCCAGUUUGUCAGGCUGGCUGUGUGUUCAAGGAACUGUUGACCAUUUCUACUUCAGUAGUAGUGUAGAAGCAGUUGGACUUCUUAUCCUUUCAGCUGUUCUAAUUACAAUCUACCUACUUUGGACUACGGCUUCUUUUCGUUAUCACUUUCGACUGCUUAAAGAUUGGAGACGGACCAACCAGAAUGUGAAGCUGCUCAUUCCAAAAUCACAAGUAUUAUUUGGUAACAAAGCCAAUCUUCUGGCUCAAAAUUCAAGCAUAAUCGUUUCUAAAGAGACUAUUGUCUAACUUUUGAAAAGAAUUGCCUUGAAUGCUGAGAUGUACUAUGCUGGCAGGAGGGACCAAUCUUCCGAAUUGUUGUAGAAACCAAGAAGGAUGUAUUAUUUAGUAAUGUGAAGAUGGGUGAGAAAUGUAAGCAGUUUACUGUGAUUUUUCAAUGAACAAGGCUAGUUCCCAAUCAGCUUGUGGUAUUUGUACUGGGGACUGUUUACUAUUCCCUUUCUAAUGGCAGGAAAGGCAAAGAUGAAUGUUUUGAAUUGGUGGAAAACCCAGAGUUCUUUUUCCCUUUUGUGUGAAUCCCUGUUUUGCAGAUAGACAUGUAAUUCUUUGACGUUUGAGAGUUCUCAUGUUAAUUGAUCGAAGAGCUUGUGCAUUUUUUUUGGGAGUGGGGGUUGGGGAAAGAAUGUACUUUUCUCCUUGAGAAAACAAAAAUGACUAGGAUGUAGCUGACCCUCAUUCACAUGUGGAGCUGCUAAACCCUGUGGCAUUGUGUCUUCUCAAAAGAUUUUGCUGCAACUGUCACCUUCCCUGGCGCAAGCAUCACGUUGGUGGUGACAGUGAGUGGUCAGCAAACACAUUGCUCCAUUUAGACCCCUGCUGCCCAUCCAGAACCACCUUCAAAGCAUUUAAACAAUUCAUUACUGUUCCAGUGUGACAUAAUGAACAAAAAAAAUUGCUUAUAGGUCCAAUAUGACGUGUGUAUUUUUUCUCUCCUUCGAAAUGAAAACUUUGCUUGUCUGAAUGAACCACAAGCCCAGGGAAAUAGAAAUUUCAAAAUGACAUUUAUGAAUUACCCAAGGAUUUGUUAACCACAUUAAUCUUUCAUUUUAAUCCUGGUUUCAACUUCAUCUUGGGUUCCACUGGCUGUUGCUCUGUAAGUGAUUGAUUUGUUAAUUUGUAAAAUGCUAAAGUGAUUCAUAUUGCUCAAUUUUGCACCUUCUUUAGCCAGGUUCUGGACAGUGAACGUUGUCAGGAACAUGACCACUUUAGCCACAGUAACUUUGCAAUCACUCAUGGUGACAAAGGAACACCAAAUAGGCAGUAAAUAAUUUGCAUUGUGUUGCCAUUAAAAUAAAUAUUGACAUUCAAAGUGGUUUAAGACUAAAAAUGGUUUAAGACUAAAAAUAGCUUGAAAGUGGAUUGCUUUUUGUAUAUGUGAAUGAUAAAUUGAAAAUAAAUGUCAAAAUAGUCAUGGAAAAGAA